AUGUCGAACGAACGCGACGUUGCUUUGUUCAUGGCUCAAAUCUAUGACCAGACUGACCGCCAUCAGGAUAUGGUCGACACAAUGAAGAAGGUUAUUGAGCUUUCUGCUGAUCUUACAAACGAUGAGCGCAACCUCCUUUCUGUUGCAUACAAGAACAUCAUCGGAUCCCGCCGUAAUGGUCUCCGCAUGAUCGCCGCUAUCCUCGAGCAUGAAGAUGGCCGUGGCAACACACAGCGCGUUGCCUCCCUCAACGCCUAUCGCAAGGUUAUCCUUGGCGAACUUGAGAAGUACUGCAACGAGCUUAUCGGCCUCGUCGAUCUUUCCCUUCUCCCAGCUGCCAAGACAGCUGAAUCCCGCGUUUUCUACCAGAAGCUCAAGGCUGACUACUACCGCUACAUCUGCGAAUCCCGCUCUGAUGAUGAGAAGACAGAACCAGCCCAGAAGGCUAAGGAAUGCUACGAAGCUGCUAUGCAGAUUUCCAACGCUGAAAUCGCUCAGUACCGCCCAACAUCACUCGGCCUCAUCCUUAACUACUCUGUCUUCCUUUAUGAGAUCAUCGGCGAAAAGCAAAAGGCCAUCGAUCUUGCUCAGAAGACAUACAAUACAUGCUCAUCCAAUGUUGAGAAGAACUCAGAUAACUCAUACUCUGAGGCAACAAUGAUCCUUCAACUCCUUCGUGAUAACGUUCAACUCUGGACACAGGACAACGAGUAA